UUUCCCCGUUGCCAUCUCUAUAUAUCACGAAAACAACAUUUGUUUAUAUGACUAAUUUUAACUUACACUUGUGGACUUGUGAAUACACACGCACACGCAGUUCCGAAUGAAUAUGAAUGUGGCCAAUACGAAAACAAUGGGCAACAUUGUUGAUAAGAUAAGAUAACUCCCGUUCCCAAUGUCUUCGCUGCUCUAAUGCACAUAUAUCGCGGUGCGAAUGAUUCGAAUUUGUUCAGCAAGUACGCCGAGAAUCGUCAGUAAACAAUGGCAACUCACGCCGAGAAGGAGUUCUACCAAUUGAACAUCAGCGUAUCUAAAGCUUUAAAUGGCCUGGAAGCGCCACUUAAAACCAAACAUGCCCGCUCCAUUAUUAUUAUGAUCCACAAGGCCAAGGAGGCCAAAACAUUCUGGAUGAUUAUAUCCCGGCAGCCUUUGAUGCAGAACAGAUUUACCGCCUGGAAGUUUUCGCAUCUGCUGCACAAAGUCUUGCGAGAGGCCCACGAAAGUUCCAUAAGGCACUCGCAGAGCCACAAGAAGAUGAUCCUGGAAGUGGGAAAAAUGUGGGGGCUGCUCCAAGAUGACAUCGGAUGCUGUAUACAGGCGUAUAGCAAGCUGCUGGCCACAAAGUUAAAUUUCCACGACAAAAAUCGAAUGUUCCCCGGAACCCUGAACAUUUCGUUUACCGAACUUUUCAUAGCAGUCGAUAGGGAUUUAAAUUACUGCUUUCAACUGUGUGUGGAAAUUUUCGACUACUUGGAGGAUAUCAUUGCGCUGCAGCUGACAAUAUUUUCUUCCAUGGAAAAAUACAGAAUGUCGUCGAUGACACCGCAAGGACAAUGUAGAUUAGCUCCCAUAGUUUGCCUUAUUCAGGAUUCAAAUGCGCUGUAUGAUUUAAGCGUUCGAUUAAUGUUUAAACUUCACGAUGGUGUACCAUACGAUGUCGUUUCCGGACACAGAGAUCGUUUUCAUGGCCUCUUUCUAAAGUUGAAGAGUUUCUACAACAACGUACGACCGCUUCAGUAUUUUAAGGACUUAAUCACAGUCCCGGAAUUGCCGGACUCAAGUCCCAACUUUAAAUCCCAGAACGAUUUUACCAGCUAUGUACCGCCAGUGGUCCAUGUUCCGCAGGAGCCCGAUCCGGUUGUCGAGGAUCUUGUGGAUACCAACAACCACGAAUCGGAAGCCUUUAGUCAAGCCCAACAGCAGUUAAGCAUGCUGGAGGGUAUAAUAAGUGAAAAAGAGGCUGGCAUUGAGGAACUUUCAUUUAAAUUGGUUGCUCUGCAAAAGAACUUCGAUGAACUGCAACAAAGUUACAGACACGACGUUCAGGAGUUGCAACAAACCAAUACUGUCCUAUCAAAUGAUCUGGUUUUAGCGAGAGAAAUGUGCGCUACCUUCCGGAUGCAAAACGAUGAUCUUGAGAUGCAGCUUAACCAGAACCCAAUCCUCCUACAAAAAGCUAUGGAGGAAGAGGAAAAGCACAAGCUAUCCUCGGAAAAAUUCAAUAAACUCAAAGCUCUUUACACGAAAAUUCGGGAUGAGCACAUUCAGUUGUUAAGAGAGCAAAGUGAUUGCAAUAAAUCCCUAAAUAAAGAGAAACAAGUAAAUUCACAGCUUUUGUUGGAAACAAAAGAACUUACCAACGAAAUUUCCAAAAUUAAAGGAAACGUUGAGGAAAAAGAGAAAGUUAACUUAACUCUGCAAAAAAAAUUAGAGGAGCACAAGGAGAAAUUAUUUCAACUCGAAGUGACCAAAAACGAAAUAAAGGAGAAGUUUGAUGAUGUGGUUAAACAAAAGGAAAUUCAAGAACUAGAUAUUAAUUCCACCUCUGAAAACUUGCGGUUAAAUUGCUUAAAAAUCGAGGAACUUAAUGCCACUCUUAAUGACACCAAGGAAAAACUAUCCAACGCCGAAAGCCAAAUAAAUGCAAAGAUCAUAGAAAUAGAAAAUAUUUCAAAAGCUUUUGAAGCAGAAAAGGCAGCGCUUUUGACCAAGAUUGAGCUACAAAAUGUCGAAAGUAAAAGCAGUAUUGAUGCUCAAAACGCUCAACUGCAACAAACGAUAAGUAACUUGGAGCAGAGAGAUAAAGAUUUUAAUGAAACAAAAUAGCUCACCACCGCCGAAAACCAAAUUAGCUUGAAGACCAUUGAAAUUGAAAGCACUAAAGCCUUUGAAGCGGAAAAGGCAUUGCUUUUAACUAAAAUCGAGAAAUUGAAUCUGGAGCACAAAAACAACAGCGAUGUAAUAAAUGCUCAAUUGCAACAAACAAUUACUAACUUGGAGGAAAAGGAGUCUGCACUGCAGCAAACCCUGGAAACUGUAAAUCAACUAAGGCAGGACAAUAUUUCAGUUGGUCAACGUAAUGAUGAUUUGCAAAGCAAACUCACCAUUGUUGAGGACAAACUAACCCAAGCAACACAACAAAUUGAAUCCGUUACAAGUUCGUAUCAAUCUUGUAGCACCAAUUUAAGCGAACUCCGAAAAUUGGUAAUCAAAACUGUGAAUGAGAUCUGCAACUCAAAGCUAAGCGGUUCAGAACAACAACCAUUGGAUGCGGUUCCAAGCAUAAUAAGUGAAAUGGAUAUUCUUUUAAACAAGUUUAAUACCUCAUCCGCUGCAAGCUAUACAGCUUCAACAGAAGGAUUGAAGGAUGUUAUGUAUUUGGGCUACGUAUUUAUAAAGUUAUACGAUCAGUGUGAUGUUAUCUACAAAACAACGACAGCAAUUGAGACGGGUCAGGAGAUUUUCACGAAAACAUCCUUGAUAUGUACAGAUGUCUGUCGAUUGUUUCAAUAUUUGUUAAACAAUGAAACAAAAGAUCAGGAAAGGCUACAUAUCAUAUCUGAUAUAGAAACAAAGCUUAAGGAUGUUCGAAAGUUAAUUGAGAAAAUAAAGGCCUCCUUUGAACAAAAGAUUGAUCUGGACAAGCUUCUCGAGAUAGAGCUUCGCGAAAUGGAUGCUGCCAUUGAUGAUGCAGCCUCAAAGAUAACAGAUUUACUCGCAAAGGCUCGGGAGAAGGACAACAAAACCAAUCUGGAGGUGAACGGAAAAAUUGUGGACGCAUGUACAACACUGAUGGAAUGUGUCAAGGCCUUAAUCCAAAAAUCACGUCUUCUGCAACACGAAAUUGUGGCAUCCCAAAAAGGAAAUGCCAGUGCCAAUGAGUUCUAUAGGCGAAACAGUCAGUGGUCGGAUGGCUUGAUAUCCGCUUCGAAAAUGGUGGCGAAGGCAGCCAAUUAUCUGGUGGAGGCCGCGAACAAAGCCAUUGAAAGUGAAUCUGGUAAAAACUUUGAACUAAUAGUGGCGGCCCAAGAAAUCGCGGCCUGCACAACCCAAAUGGUUAUAGCGAGUAAAGUCAAGGCGGAACGCAAUAGUCAAAAGUUAUCCGACUUAACGAAGGCCUCGCGAAGUGUAACACAGGCCACAGGAACUCUCGUGGCCACCGUUAAGGAUUGCAACUCCCAACUGGAACAGCAAAGUGAAAUAGAACUUUCAAAACUAACGCCAUCACAAAUCAAAACGAUGGAAAUGGAAAUCCAUGUUAAAGUACUCGAAACCGAACAAGCUCUUCAAAUGCAGCGACUAAAACUCUCGGCGUUUAGGAAAGAGCAUUACAAAAAUGCCGAUUAUUAAUUAGCAUAUUUUUAAACCUUACUAACUUUACAAAUAUUAUUUUUAUAUUAGUGCACGACAUGACAAAUAAUAUAUGUACACUACGGUCAUUUCAUCCGAAAAUGCUUCCGUAAUAUUAUUUGGUUAAUGAUUCCAUUUUGAUCACUUUUGGAUCUUCGGUAUUUAUUAAACCAUUUCUUUUCGAAGUGCCCAUUUACCUAGCAUUCAGAAAAUAUGGGAUUACAAAUUCUAAAGUGUUUAUUUUGCUUACUAAUUGGAAAAUAAAAUAGCAUCUAUUGCCAAAGAAAAUAAAAUGUAAAACUUGUUGUCAAAA